AUGUCAACCGCUCUUGCCAACGACUUUGUCGGCGGCUUCCUCCAGCACGCUGCCGACGUCAAGGACACACUCGGUGAGACUGCUCACAUCAAGUCGAUUGCGCUCGCUGUCGGGUUCCUGUCCACGUUCGCCUCCAAGUCCUUCUUGGUGUUCAUCUGGGCGUGCUUCUUCAAGCCGUUCACUUCCUCAAAGGUGCACGAGGAUCACCAGAACAACCUGGAGACGUUCUACAAGACCCAGGCCAAGUUCUACGACACGACCCGUGAGAUCCUGCUGCAGGGACGCGACGAAGCCUUGAAGCUGGCAUUCUCGCACGCUAAGGCAAACUCGUCUCGAGGCAAAAAGCUGGUGUGGAUCGAUAUUGGUGGCGGUACCGGGCUCAACAUCGAGAAGAUGGACAAGAGAGUCGCCAAGCUGAGUGAGAACUUCACCGCCGUCUACCUUGUUGACCUGUCGACUUCCUUGUGUGAAGUUGCUAGGGAAAGAGUUGCUAAGCAAGGUUGGACCAACGUUCACAUCAUCUGUGGCGAUGCUUGUACCUUUGAAAUCCCAGAAGAGCAUGCAGACCUGAUCACAUUCUCUUACUCCUUGUCUAUGAUCCCGCUGUACCAUUCUGCUGUUGACCAUGCUGAGAAGUUACUCAACCCUGACUCAGGGAUCAUCUGCUCCGUUGACUUUGGUGUUCAGUCUGAGUCGAAUUCCAUUGGAAGAACCAACACGCUUGGAGGUAUGGUGAACCGUCACGUUCCUUGGAUUUUCAGAACUUUCUGGAGAAUCUGGUUCGAGUGUGACAAGGUGUUCUUGGAUCCUUCAAGAAGAGAGUACCUGGAGUACAAGUUUGGAACUGUCAAGUCCGUCAAUUGUUACAACCGUACUCUGGGUAAGAUUCCUUACUAUAUCUGGUUGGGUGUUAACAAGCAAGAAGAUUACCAGUUGGUUUAUAGAUUCAACUGCUUGGCAACCGAAUCUCCCUAUUUGGCACCUGUUGACCCAAAGAAGAACCAACCAGCAGGCAACGAGGACACUCCAGUCUCAAAGGCUCUUGAAGCUGCUCUUGAUAAUGCCAAAAAGGGUCUUCCAUACCCUUCUUUGUUCUACCAAAGACAGGCUUGGAGAGUCUACUACGAUGAACUCUCUGAUGACUAUGAGUGUUUCAAGAAUCAGUACAUUUACGCCUUCACCUGGGAAGAUCCAAGAGAAGAUGCAGCCUUGCUCAACUUGACUUCAAGAGAUACGGUUUUGGCCAUCACAUCUGCCGGUGAUAACAUCCUGUCCUAUGCCACUUUACCAGAUCCACCAAAGAGAAUCCAUGGUGUUGACUUAAACCCAUGUCAGGGCCACUUGGUUGAGCUGAAACUUGCAGCUUUAACAACGUUGGGACAUGAUGACAUGUGGAAGUUGUUUGGUGAAGGAAAGAUUGAAAACUUUGAGGAGAUUUUGAUCACCAAGCUGGCUCCACACAUGUCUUCAAAUGCCUUGCAAUACUGGUUAGCCAAAGGUCCAAAGGCCUUUGAUCCAUCAGGGAAGGGUCUUUACGAUACCGGCUCCACUAGAUGGGCUUUAAGAUUGGCUAGAUUUGUCUUUGCCAUUUCGGGAUUGUCCAAGAAGGUUUCAGAGCUUUGUAAGGCCAAGACACUGAACGAGCAGAGGGAGAUCUGGAAGGAGUCCAUCCGUCCAGUCCUGCUUAGCACCUUGGUGGGUAAGUUGCUUGUUGGUAAUAAGGUCUUCUUAUGGAAAGCGUUGGGUGUUCCAUCCAACCAGGCAGCCAUGAUGGGCGAUAUCUUGCAGUAUGUCAUCGACACCUUGGACCCAAUCAUUGGUAACUCACUGAUCUCCUCUGACAACUAUUUCUACUACUUGACAUUGACGGGUAGAUACAGACCAACCAACUGUCCAGAUUACCUGAGCAAGCAAGGUUUCAAAGUCUUGUCCAGAAAGCAGAACUCGCCAUUGGAAGGAAUCAGACUCCACACAGACUAUUUGAACAACGUGCUGCGUAGAUUGUCCAAAAAGACCAUAUCCGUGGCUGUUAUCAUGGACCACAUGGACUGGUUCGACCCAGAAGGCGAUGAUGUCAACGAUGAGAUCGAUGCCCUCCACGGGGCCCUGUGCGAGGGAGGCCGUGUUAUGCUGAGAACAGCCUCCAAGAAGCCAUGGUAUAUCAACAACUUCGAGCAGCGUGGAUUCAAGUGCGAGGCUGCAGCCACAAGAUACUCUGGCCAGAUGAUUGAUCGUGUCAACAUGUACGCAUCAACCUGGAUUUGCACCAAGAAGCCUGCCUUCACCGAUAGAAAGAUGAGUACCAUCGAGUUGGACAAGUUCUAA